GAAAAGCGACUUACUAAAUAUUCAUAACAACAGCCUUCGGGGUAGUAGGAUUCGCAAUUCACACAUGUUCUAGUGUACGCGCACAUGGUAAAUCAGCAAACACGAUUUUUGCCACACGCAUUGAUUCAUUAUGGGCUUUUAAAAAACGGAAGGAGAGUUGAUAAUUGUGAUGGACGAAGCAAAUCCAGCAAAUCCUCCUCCGAACUGGAUCCAGCAGCACACUGUCUACCAAGAGCUGAUGCGUUUAGAAGUCGGAGACAGUGUUCAAGUACAUGCUGCCUUCCUGGUGUACAUGGAUCUGACGGAAGUGCGUAAAUGGAAAGAUGUGGUCGGGGUUUCCUGUCCGGAGUUACAGGCGGUUCUUCUGGAGGGUCGAGAGAAGGAAGGAGAAUCGGUCCAGAUGAUUUACCCUCUGCCUUCACACAGAUCCAUCAAGCACAGAGAGUUGCGCAGUAUAUUAGACAGAGGUUCCCCUAUGCUCUUGUGUGCGGUGGCUUCUGACUCCACUCUGGUGUACCAGAGAUUAUGUGACGGCUUUCUAACUCCUGACCCUCCCGUGGACAUCCAAGACCAAGGUCGCCGACAGCAUCGCAAACGGAGGUUACAGACGUGAUGGAUUGUGAUUUGAAGUGAGAAUCUGGUCUGAUUUAUGAUUGAUGUUGCCGUUAAACUGGCAUAUGUAAAAACAUAUUUGAAUAAUUUUACGUUUUAAGCCAGUGGGGUUUAAAUGAAAGAAAUGAAAACAUUUCUGCAUUUGUCUAAGUGUGUGUUUACAUAUACAUAACAAUUAUACACAGUACACAUAUGUAAUCGCAAAAAUGUAAAUAGUUUAUGUAAUACAUUACAGAAACAUAAGAAAAGCUUGAAAACGGUACCUCAUGAAAACAACAUCACUUAGCUGCUU